CGUGAGUUUGACCACGACCUGUUCAAUUUGGCGCGAUCCGAGACGUCAUGUGUUUGUUAACGACAUUAGAACUGCAUGUAUAAGUGAAUUUUUAAAUCUGCUUUAUCCGUCGUGUGUUAUGUGCAUUUGAGGAACGAGAUAGUAAUGCCAAAUCGUGAUAACGGUGCUGAUAAGCAUUCUAAAGAGAAGCACAGUGGUCGUAGGAUUUCAUUCACAGAGAAUGAGCUGGAACCGGUGCACAAACCACUGCAUCGUCAUAGACGAGUUCACAAGGGAGCGAGACGUUAUUCGAGAAUUAACGGUGAAUUCCAGGAAUUGGCGGAUAAAAACGGGAAUGGCGACACUGUUGCACAGCCCAAGAAGAAUAGCAAACGUUGCACUCACAACAAAAUUGACAGAUUAGUUGAGGAAAAUCGGACGUUAACGAUGAAGUUGGAAAAGUCUGAUGUAAAUCCUGAGACUAUCGCGGAUUUAAAGGAAAAGGACACCUUGAUGUCAAGGAUUCGCAAUAAAUAUCACAAAUUGUUACAAAACCACGAGGAUCUUCAACAAGAAUGCGAGAAACUAAAUGCCCUUUUAACAGAACGUGAAUCGGAAUACUGCCAGUUGCGCACGCAUCACAAGGAAUUCACAGAGGCUCUACAGAAAGUGGAGAAAGCCAAUUCCAAUCUCUUGUCGUUUAACCAAAGAUACAAGACUGAAAAUGUCCAACUAAACGAGGACGUGCUGCUUCUGAAAAACGUGAUUUUUCGAUUGAACGCAGAACUGGAGAGAUAUCAAGAUAAGUUGAGAGAGUCUGGACAAAGUGUCCUUCCCAAACACAUUAAUGAUGCGUUAGAUUCUAAGAGGUCAGCGGAUAACAUUAAAAAGGUAUCGGAGUCGUGGGGUGCUGUGAAUACUCACGUGCUAGGCCCGCUUCUAGAUGCUUAUCGAGAGAGCCUGUCGGAGAAACAGGAGCUCAUAAAUAAAUACGAGGUAGACAUCGCGAAUCUCGGCGCCAGGUGCAAAGAAGUCAUCGUGGAGAACGAGUGCAUGCAGGGCGAAAUCGAAAAAUUCAAAGCGAAGUGUGCCAGGUAUGCGGACGAGAUCAGGAUGAUAUCCGAGGACGCCGACCUGCUCAAGGAACUCAACGAGUGUUACACGAAGCAGACGAAUCACCAGAAACAAAAGAUACACGAGAUACAUUCGUUGUACGAGCAGAAAGUGCAGGCGAUGUCGUUCGACAAUAACAGACUGCACGAGGAACAUAUCGCCUCGAGGACUGAACUGAGUAAUCUGCAGGGGAAGUACGAUGUUCUCGUGAAGGAGUACGAGAAGUUGCAGUGCGACAAUACGAAAACGAUGCCUGUCGAUGUUCACAACGCUGCCGUCGAGGAGUGCAAGGAAUUGCUGGAGAAACUGAAACGUCAAUAUGAAACUGAGAGAGAGAAACUGUUGACUCGCGUCAAGGAAAUGGAAGACUUGCACUGCCAUAAUAAAACGCAACUGGACGUGAUUGCAACAGAGAGAAAUCAAUUGAAAACGUCGAAUAGAAACUUUGAAAAAAGUUUGAAACGCAUGCAGCAAAGAUUGGAGCAUUUCCAAAAGAUCGCGCAUUCCAUGCAAGUGUCUCGUGACUCUUUUAAGAAGCAGUUAAGGAAGACCACUGCGUAUUGCGAGGAGCUGUUCAGCGAAUAUGAGAGAGUGGUCGCCGAGCGGGAUAAGUUGAUCACGCUUUUACACGAAACGGAAAAUGAGAAAGCGAGUAUCCACUUCCUCGGCGACACUAUUACUCAACGAGUGAGCCAUUUAAAAGAACAAUUAAAGAUCGUACACGAAGGUGCCAAGCAACACUUGGCACUGGCGGAGAAAAAUAUAAAGGUGCAGCAGGUCGGAGUGCAUCGAAUGAAGGACGAGUAUCACCGAGAGCUGCAACGUCUCAAGCAUCUCCUGAAGCAGAAGGAGGAGACGAUCGGCCGGUUGCAGAGGGAGAUUUGUGCUGCCCGCGAGAACUUGGAACUCGUUUGGAAAGUCACUGCCACAGACAAUAAGAAAGUUAAGGGAGCAUUGAAGAGUGUGAAGAUUCAACACGUUUAACGGAAAUCGUUCGUGCGACGCAAAAUGAAUCCAAUUGCGUUGUCAAUAUAAAAAAUGUAUCAUUACCGACGCGAAACUCACACACAUUGCCUGAUCAUUACUGAUUAUCUAAGAAUACUUCAACUGACCAGAAACGGAAGCUAGUCGUUAUUGUGCAAUACACGUGCAGCAUAAUUUUAUUAGAUCAAGUCAAUUACAAUUUUUGUAAUUUAUUAUAUGUACAUUAUUAUAUACGACUCCUCAUA